ACACACACACACACACACACAAACACACACAGAAAUGCAGUAAAAUAAGCAGAGCUGAGCGGAGGCAGUCAUGGAGUUGCGAGCUGAACUGCUAAAGUCCAUCUGGUAUGCUUUCACUUCUCUGGAUGUGGAGAAGAGCGGGAAGGUGUCCAAAUCUCAGCUAAAGGUGUUGUCUCAUAACCUAUACACUGCGCUGAACAUCCCACACGACCCUGUGGCUCUAGAGGACCACUUCAGCGAUGAUGAUGAUGGGCCGGUGUCCAACCAGGGGUACAUGCCCUACCUCAACAAAUUCAUACUGGACAAGGUGGUUGAGGGCACGUUUGCUAAGGAGAACGUAGAUGAGUUCUGCUGGACUCUCUGUGCCAAAAAGAACUACCGGCCUAAAAAUGGCGUGGACGUUCUGCCUGAUAAAGAUGCCUUCCAUCUUUGGUGCCUCUUCAACUUCCUGUCUGAAGACAAUUAUCCACUGGUCCUGAUCCCAGAGGAGGUGGAAUAUCUCCUGAAGAAGAUCUGCAUAGCCAUGAGUGUGGAGUUGAGCUGUGUGGACAUGGAAGACUUCAUCUCCCAGGAGGCUGUGCAGCAGAGCGGCAUCACAGUGUGGGCCUUCCUGGACUUUGUCAACACCGGGAGGCUGACCAGUGGGAUGGUGAAGGAAUCCGUUACGAUGGCGAUAGACGAGGUCUACCAGGAGAUAGCAGGCAAUAUCAUAAAACAGGGGUAUUUGUGGAAGAAGGGCCACUUGCGGAGGAACUGGAAUGAGCGCUGGUUCUCUCUCCAGCCCAGCACUCUGCAUUACUAUGUCAGUGAGGACCGCAAGGAGUGUAAAGGCUGCAUCGAGCUGAGCCACAACUGCUGUGUGGAGGUGCUGCCAGAGAAGGAGGGGAAGAGGUGUAUGUUCUGUGUCAAGACGCUCACUAAGACCUACGAGAUGAGCGCCCCCGACACCAAGCAGAGACAGGAGUGGACCACAGCGAUCCAGACAGCCAUCCGUCUGUGUGUGGAGGGGAAGAAAUCCCUGCAUAAGGACCUGAAGCUGCGACGCAGGGAGCAAAGGGAGGAGAGGGAGAGGAGACACACCGCCAAGGAGGAGGAGCUCCAAAGUCUGCGCCUUCUCCAGUGGGAGAGGGAGAGCAAGUUGGCUGAGCUGGAGCUACUACAGGAUGCGCAAAAGCAGGCCCAGACAGCUCUGCUGCAGGAGGAGCAGAAGAGGAUACAACAUGUGGAGCUGCAGAGAACCCUGCAGGAGCAGCUACAGCAGGCUGAGGAGGCACGGGCCAGCAUUCAGGCAGAAAUGGCCCUCAAGGAUGUAGAGACGGAGCGUCAGAGGAGGAGAAUAAGGGAGCUGGAGGUGAUGCAGCUCCGCCUGGAGGAGGCCCUGCAUCAGGAGAUGAGAGCUAGACAAGACGAGGAGGUCUACUUCCUCGCACAGGCCAGGCUGCUGGUAGAGGAGGAGGAGAAGAUGAAGGCGCUGCUGGCCCUCCAGGAGGAACAGGAGCAGUACAUCCUGAAGACCCAGAGAGAGAAGCAGGAGCUCAGGCAAGAGAUGGUAACCAAGUCCCAGGCUUUGGAGGAGGCCCAACACCAACUGGAGAAAGUUCGGGCCAGCAGGCACAGAAUGGACCAGGACAUUGCAGCUGCUCAAAGGAAGCUGCGACAUGCCAGCACCAGCGUCAAACACUGGAACAUCCAGCUGAACAGACUGACACAUCCUUAAUGGACUGGUAGAGAGAAGACCCUCUCUUGGAAGCUCAGGGGUCCCAGUUGUGUCUGUGCCCUCCCUACGAGACCCGGGCCUACGCCUGUACCAUCAGAGGAACGAAAGAGAGAAGAAGUGAGGAGAGAGUGAACAUCAGUGGAAGAGAGGAGAUGUGUCUGUAUCAAGCCUCCAAUGAGGACAUGGACUGUGCCUGAAGCCUAAGAUCCCCAAGCUAAGAAUGUUAAUGUAAAUACAUACCACUGGGGUUGUACUAGGGAGGCAGGUAGCCUAGCAGUUAAAAGCGUUGGGCCAGAAACCGAAAGGUUGCUGGUACAAAUCCCCAGACUGACUAGGUAAGAAAUCUGCUGAUGUGCCCUUGAGUAAGAUACUCUGCAUAAGAGUGUCAGCUAUAUGAUUAAAAUCAAAAUGUACAAUCAGAUCAUUUGAUAUCACUUUCUGUUUACUUAAGGGAUGUGUUUUUUGCGUGACGGAUAUCUUUAUGUUCUGUGAGUGUUUUCCCCUUUCUUUUCUCUCUUUCCCUGACCUUAGAGAGUUAUUAUGAUGGUAGGAAUAUUAGCAAAAUAAUGCUAAUAAUGCUUGGUGCCUUCAUGGGAGGAGAGUUUUCAAAUUUAAACCAUCAAUAUGUUUAUUCUGUUUUAAUUGUAAUUAUAAACAAAAACUCUGCAACUGGACAAAACUUAGCAGUUGUCAAUCAAUUGAUAAGUUUUAUGUUUAUAAUUAAACAAACUGAGUCUAAAUAACUCCACAGGACAACUUGGAUGACGACGCUAUUUUAUAUCUUCUCCUGAACUGGCGGAAGAGUUUGAAAUGGAAAUAAACGCUUUACGAUUGUUA